CGCAUUCCAACGCGCUACCUAGGUAGGUACCUUGUACCUGGGUCUACCAGGGCGUCAUUCAACCACAACCCACGACCGCCUAUCUACCGUUGAAUCCCUUUGUUUGGAACUUGAAGUUCCUGCAAAUAACCUGUAGAUCAUGCACAACAUGCGAAUUUCAAGUACCAGAUAAUGUGCUUUCAUCUCGUGCAGACCCCCGAUGCUGAGAUGAAUGUCGCCACCCAUCCCAGAACGAUCCUUUUCCGACACCAUCUUGCCUGACCAUCAAUCCGAGAUAUCGGUCCUCGGAAUUAAACCACGAUGGCUGGCAACAAUCAGACGCCUUUUUCUCUACGCCCCUGGCCAAUCGGCGACAAGAAACCCCAAAACCUUGCCGAUUUCAUUGCUCGCGUCAAUGCCCAGCCUGGUGGUUUCCGAAACCUAAACGAGGCAGAGUUGCGCCAAGAGAUCCAGUCUAAAAAGCAAGGGACCCUCGAGGACGAUGGCAUCGAGGGCUCAGAUGAGGAAGAAGACGAUGAGGAGGAGGCCGAGGAAGCCAAGGAAAAGACUGCUCUUGUCGCACGCGAGGAAUUCUUGAGGAAUAUUGAGUUCGCACAUCAGUCUGCCAUGUUGGCACUGGACUCCAUAUCCCUCCUCCUCUCCAAGGAAAUCCCAGUCCAGGCCGGUACUACGCUGUCUCCAGCGCUGCGCGAUCUUGUAGGUAUCGGAACCCUAGGCGCUUCCAAAUUAAAGGAGCCCAAUAUUACAGAAGCUCAGAUACAAGAUGACCUCUCUGUUGCCACUGGAUGGAGGGCCAUGGGUAUCAAUUCUAUGGUCGACUCGGUUCUAGCUGCUGCCGAGCGAUUGGAGAAAGAGAUUGAACUUGAGACUAAGUACUGGGCCGAUAUUCUGGCUGUGAGCGACGAUGGUUGGACAGUUUGUGCUCUUCCUCAAGAACCCCACACACUGGGUGUUCGUUUCGGGUUUGCCGAGUCAGCAGCUGAGUUCAGGAAUAACAGCAUUGCGCCAUUAAUUCGCAAUGACGAUGGCACCAUCAAAUUAGGCGUUGGAAAGGUUGGUGGUGGUUCCCAAAGAAUACGCAUCGCCGUUAAAAAGGCUGGUACAGUUACCGACCAAUCACCUCUACCUGCGCGAAUACCGGACGACGCCCCUUUAAAGGACCGGGUUCGUGAAGCUAGGAAUACUAUUUUCCAUCAGGAGUUGUGGUACGAGCUUAAUCGCGAAGCCCGUGUCCUACUAGCCUACGAUGUCUACUACGAAGGUCCAACCAUUACCUGGAAGCAGAGCAAAGACACUGAGUUCAUUCUGACGCUAGAAGAUCUUGAUGAACAGGAUGAUGGAGGCGCAAACUAUUCAGAGGGCGCGCUCUCUGCUACCGCGGCAUAUUCUUUUAUGCAGUUUCUCCUUUUCCAGAGUCACCGACAAAAUUACCACAAACGGACUUCGCUUUCUCCCUCAGUACGGCAAAGUGAAUCUAAUAACACGACUUACAACAUCUUACGAAGUCUCAUAUCCCGCUUUGAGUAUUUCAAGAAUUCCAGGGACCUAGGGAACCACCUGGACCAACUAGUCCGUACCUUACGGCAUGCCGGCAUUUCAACAGCAUUCUUUCAAGUUGUUCCUCCCCCAAACCCUCCAUCUGGGGUACCCCGAGUUCGGCAUACCCCAACUACCGAACUGCUCUGGGUCCAACAGCUUGUUUUCAAUUUAGUAUCUCUCUAUACGUUCACCAUCACGCCAGAAGCACGGAUAUGGUGCUAUAGCCGAGGCUUUGUUCGUCAAACUAUCGGCACGUUGUUUACAAUGAGCUUAAAACCGCCAUCAGGAGAUGUCAAAGACCUACCACCAAACCCAUUAGAGGUUGCAUAUCCGCCGGCGGACUAUUGUGCCAACGUCCAGGAAGCAAUAUAUUAUCUUUGCCAAGCAGCCGUUCGGGUCUUAUCACAGAAUCUUGCUCGAAUAGCGGCUGAACAGCUUCGAGAUAACGACAUUCAGUGGUCGGAAACAAUUGCCGGCAUAGGAAUAAAGAGUGCUAAGGGCAAGGAUGCCAGAAUCGACAUAGAUGUCGUAAAUGAUAAAAUAGUGCUUACUUUGAAAGCGGAUUGGCAGACCAACAAGAUAAGCCACACGGGUACCUGGACAUGGGAUUCAGAAAGUCAGAGUAUGGAAGGCGAUACUUUGCAAGAUAUAGUGUUGAAGCUUAUGAGAGGAGACAUGUAGAAUCCACUUAAUAGACUAAACCACCUAUUAUCUCCCCAAAACGGAUGCCCUGCGCCUAUCAAUACAGUCGUUGUCCUUCAGGAAAUAAUCAGCUUAUUGAUAUAGGUUAUUUCAGAUGGGGUGGAUGGGGCCAAAUGCGUCCCUGCAUCUCGAAGUAAUACCAACGUGACAGCUGCGCCAGCUGAGUCUACGAGCUGAACACGAACUAGCUGAUAUUGUCUUCGGUCUGAGUUCCAGAAGUUCGCCGAGACAUCCUGAAGUCCGUGACACCUUGAAAAAUGCAACGUAUACCAUAGACGGCCAGACCAUUCGACACUUUAUACUAUAAGA